AUGGAAGCAAGUUGCUACAGUGUUGUCGUUUCGAGGAGCGUCGGCGACCUCUUCUCGGCAGUGCUCGUUGCGGCCGUGUCACUGAUGGCAAAUAAGAAUUCAGCCUCAUUCGCUGUACUUGCCCUCUUCCUUUACGUGACGACUUUCGGUUUUCUUCAGCUCAGCCUUUCUCAUAUUCUCGUCAUUGUACUCAGACAGAUCAGUCUCUUCCGGCCAUACGGUUUUGAGUCGGCGUUUUCUUUGCGUAAACUCGUCGCCUGCCUCGUCGUGCUUUGGUUGUUGUCAAUUUUCUACGCAGCCGCUUUUGCCCCGUUGACAACGGUGAUCUUGGAUCCAAGGAAAGCUGAAGGAGUCUGUUCAUAUUUCUCCUGUCAACGUCCAUUGAUCAUCAUCGCGAUCGCAUUAGUCGCCUUUCUCAUGGCCACUGUUCUCCUAUUCUACGCGGCCGUUGCCUACAAAUUGUACAACACAUCCGUACAAGAAAAGCUACACAACGAGCCGAACAUCACCAAGAAGAAGCUGAAACACUUCAUGGGUUUUGGAGCGCAUAUAGUGCUUUACGUUUUGAUUUGUUCUUUGCUUUUGGCCGGAGCGAUCAUCAUUCAAAACAAUAUCUGGCUUUUUCACAAAGUUCAAGUGGCCGAGACUUGCUCGCUCAUUGAGUACCUCAACACGAUGAUCCGUCUUGAGACAAUUGCUGGCGGAGCAGUGCUUUUGUGGAUGGUGAGAAUUGUGGCCGAUGUGGCAGUGUUGUGGGUGAGCGAGUAUCGCCGUCUUCUCCCGUGGAUUUCGCGGAAUGAGCCACGAAUUCUCCCCAAUAAUCAACAGAUAGUGACUCGUUCGGACAGUCUCCGUUGGCGUCGUCAAUUCCCGGCUACUUUCAAUUGUCCCGUUUACACCCUGGAGCGUCCACAAAACAAAUGGGAUUACAAGAAU